UAGUUAACAAUAUUGUAACAAUGUUAAUUACCUGACUUUUAUAAUUUUGAUAACUGUACUACGGUUAUACAUUAUCAGCAUUAAGGGAAGCCAGGUGAAGGAUAUAUGUGAACUCUCUGUAUUAGUUUUAUACUGUUUUUUUUUAAGUCUAAUGUUAUUUAAAAAUAGAAAGUUAAAAAAAAAUUAAGUUGGCAGUUACUGGUGCCAUGGCUACCCUCUGCGAGUCUCUCUCCUGACGCUCAGUUCUUCCCUGCCUUUUCUUUAUUGUCUCCACCUUCACCAAGGGAACGGCCCCAUGGCACUAAGUCUGCUGACCACCCUAGUAUGACGCUCCAUUUCAGCUUUUUGGUAAAUUCAUUUCCUUCCCAACUUACAGGACACCAAGAUGAGUGUGAAGAAGUCUCCCGCGGAACUGAAGAGCAUUUUUGAAAAGUACGCAGCCAAAGGAGGUGAUCUGAACCAGCUGUCAAAGGAUGAACUGAAGCUACUGAUUCAGGCGGAAUUCCCAGAUUUACUCAAAGGUUCAAGCACCCUAGAUGGCCUCUUUCAAGAGCUGGACAAGAAUGGAGAUGGAGAAAUCAGUUUUGAAGAAUUCCAGGUGUUCGUAAAAAAGGUAUCCCAGUGAAGGAAAAAACAAAACAGUACCCUGAGCACCGAAAGAAGAUGGCCUGGGAGGGCCCCACCCUCCAUGGAGUCUCCCUGCGUCUCUGGUUUAAUUUGUUACAAUUAUAGUGAUCUGGCUGUGACAUCCAACUAUUGUUAAUAAAGGACUUCUCAGACAUGUCUCAUUUUGUCAAGUACUGGCCUUCAUAGCUUAAUAGGUUUCAGAGGAACCUUAGUCCAAUUCGGAUGCCCAGAAUAUUCCAUGAUCUUGUCGAAGACAGUAGAUCCUGUCAGAGGCACUGAAAAAAUGUUGAAGUGCCAAACCAACUCCCUCACCCGACUCUUCUACCAAAAUAACCCUGUUCCUUGCCCUCCCUCACCUCCUACUCAGUGCUCUCAUCAUUUCCAAUCUCAACUCUUAUUUCACGCUAUUCAAAAGCUAGUGAGAAACAGGCUUCAAAAAAUAGACACUUGUCUGUAAAAUCGGCUCCCAGCAUAAGUUGUACUUUUUGAACGAAUGACCGACACAGGAG